CCAGCUUGUUUCAUGGGUUCACUUGUGGGUCCCACGCGUUGCACUCAAUACUCACGCCAUCGGCUGCCAUGCCACAGCUCCGAAUAGUUGUCACUGGCGACACCAAUAGCGGCAAGUCAACUUUGACAAACGCCGUCAUCGGUCGUGAACUUCUUCCAACAUCUUCCCAGAGCGAGACAUCAGUCAUCACGUAUGUCGUACCGUUGCAAGUUGGAGAGGACUGCAAUUCGAUCCCAGUCUUGCAUUGUUACAGCGAUUCCAAGCUUCAGCCUGUAGCAGAAGGCCAUGAAGGAGUUCAAGAGUAUUUGCAAGAUUUGAAUUUGCGAGCGCGCUCCACGCUUGGCGCAGUUCAGUGCGUCGAAUGCCGGCUGGAUUGUCCCUUGCGGGAUUCACUUAAUGUGUUCGUUCCUCCUGCUGCUGAAUGGCAAGAUGUUCAGUUCUUGGACAUUGGAGGUGCAAAUGAGAUUCUGAACCCUGCUGUUCAGGUAUGUGCGGACUUGGCCUAUGCCUUGUCACAUCGACUCAUCGUUUGCGUGAGGCAUGAUCAGAUCACCUCCAGGGCAACACAGCAGUUGGUGUUAGACAUCAGAGCCAAGGCUCCUUAUCACUUCAAUGACGACCUGGCAAGACCAGAUCGGUGCCCUUUGAUCUUCGCGAUUACCCAGGCAGAUCAGGUCCUGGAUGAAGAACCCGGAGAGAAGUGGGAAGUUCUUCGGCAGAGUUUGCGUGCUGUUUUACACAGGACACUGGCAGAUUGCGUUGAGCUAACGCAGGUCAUUCCCAUUGUAAUUGUCAGUGCGAAGAACGCCCUGGAUAGCCAGGGCAAGCCGCAGUAUGAGUGGCAUACAUUCGAAGACUUGCUGAUCAACACCGCUGGUCUAAAAAGAGAUGUGAUACAGGAGAGUAAGGUGCGCAGAGCUGCAUACAUCCACGAGCUGCUGAAAGAAAACCUUGCUACUUAUGAGAAUGCCGAGGCUUGGCCAUACAAUGCCCAGUGCCUUUGGCAUUCUCGCAGAGAUUUUGGCAAAAAGAUUGCCAUUGGAUCUGCAGUUGCUGCUGGAUCUGUUGGAACCGCUUUGGCUUUUGGUGUUUUCCUCUCAGCCUCCUCAGCAGCUGCAGUGGCAGCUGCAGAGGCUGGAGCAGCAUCUGCAGAGGCCACUGCCGCUGCGGCCGCUGCGAACAGUUGGUGGGCGUGGGCCUUUGGCUUUGGGCAAUUUUCCGCGGCUGCCACUGCUGCAUCUGGAGCUGCUGCCACUGCAGAGGCAGCUGCUGCCAGUGCUGCAGCGACUGCCGGCGCUUGGGGCCUGGGCUCAGCCAUUGCCGGUGUCUCCACAGCAGGUCUGACGAUUUCUGCCGCCAGCAAUUCCUUUGGACACUCCAAUUCUGAUGGCAUUUCCAGUGUUGCAGGGAUGACUGUCGUGCAUGCAUCUGCAGUCCGGGUGCGAGAUGUGCGCUUGGCCUUCCGUGCCUUUAAAUCCACGGCAUCUGCUGAUCGUAUCAAAGCCGGGAAGAGCUACAGAGAUGUGUUGUUCUAUCCAGAUGGCACAGGACAGUGGAACAGAUCGCAGAAUCUAGGCUCUCUCAUUUACCCAUUCCUGCUAUACAACCGCAAGAACUCUGCCUAUCUCACCUUCGACGGAUCACAAGUUCAUGCUUGCAGUUCACGUGAUAGGCCAGGGCAACUCUGGUGGGCCGUGUCCGACAGUGCUUCUGAGGGAUUCAUCUUGCAAAAUGCAGAUCACUGGUGUAAUUUGCGAGUAGAGGAACCUAUGUGGUUUUCUCCUGAUCGGAGAAAAGCCGUGAGGUGUACACUCGAAGUUCCUGGACCGACGUGGACAGCCACACCCGGUUUCGAGGAAGGAUGCAUUGGAUUGCGAGACACGAAGCACGGUCAACACCUGUUUUACGAUGGUUUCUUUGUUGGUGCCUUCAACGAGGUAUGUGAUGACCAAGAUUGGCAAGUACUUCCUCAGGUGCCGUUCUAUAUUGGAGGUUUCAAGGAGACCCGCAUGUCAGGCAAAGGCCAAUUCUUUUGGCCCAAUGGUGCGCCUCUAUUCAAGGGCAGCCUGAAGGGCGGCAAGCUGGUCGAUGGCUUUGUUUUUGAUGAACGCUGCAUUUGUCACGGACACUUCAGAUUCAAUGAGGAGGAUGAGCCGGAGCUUGCCGGGUUGCAGCCGGAAGAUGCCCCAGAAGGAGAGGAGACUUGUCAAGUAUGUCAAGAGUCCCCGACGAUGGCCACCAUGGGGAAAGCUUUGAAGCCGUGCAAUCAUGCGGUCACCUGUGAAUCCUGCGCAAUGAAGGCCUGAUCCUCCCUGCUUCAACAGAAAUACAUCACGGAGGUUCACGGAGUCUAAUUGCAUUAAACAAUUCUGUGAGGUUGUACGAAAAGAAAAGAUAUUCCACGACAUCACACUUUUGACACUGCGCUACCUCAGCAUUUUGUAUACAUAAAAAAGAGAAAACAAAUGCUUUGCCUUCUCUAGGUACGUGAGUGCUCCUUGGCUGAUAUUGUUUAAUAUAUACUCCCCCAGUGAUACUGUCGCUUUGCGGGUCGAUUGAGCAAGGUCCGUACUGUCGCUCACCAGUGGAAGGAGUGCAUAGAGUGACGUGAGCCUGAAGGCACAAAUAUUCUUAGUUUGCGGUUGGGAAAUCCAAAUAAUUUUGC